AUGGGGGAUAUAAGCAGCCUUGAACAUUGCUGUGAAACACAUGCUGUGACUGGACUGGUUGCUCUCACUGAAGCAGACAUGAAGGUAAAAGCCACAGUUGCCUGGACGUGUACUUUAGUCAUCUCCCUUUUGGUGGACUCCUGUCAUGCACAGAAGCUGCACAUCCACUGGGGUCCCCAGUCCAUGAUGUACUUGAAGGGCAAAUAUGGCCGGAGGUUUGUAUCAGAGGAUGACAACAGUGUACAGAAGCAGGCUCUGCAGAGCUGGUAUGCAUUAAUCAGAGGCACCCAGAGGCUGCAGUCCCUGGAGCUCAGUAAACCCAGUCACUUGGUGAGCUCAGACAAAGUCCUCAUCCACUCCCUCAAGGAGAGAUGA